AUGGUUCCACCUGUAUCCCUACCUCCGUGGGCUAUCGACAUGAAGUCACCGCCUCCACCACCAUCAAAAGCGAACAUCCCGAAUCCGCCAGGCUACUCGUCCUCACCACGAUCCAGCUCAAAACAACCCAAAUCCCCCCAACAAUCUUCGACGUCGUCUAGCGUUUCCGUACAGAAAUCCCGUGAAACCGACGCUCUCAAGCUCAAGAAGGCGUGGGAGAUUGCCUUUGCACCAGCAAAGCAAUUACCUAUGAACGCAAUAAUGAUGUACAUGUCUGGGAACAGUCUACAGAUUUUUAGCAUCAUGAUGGUCUUCAUGCUAUUCAAGGGGCCUAUCCAAGGUCUGAUAGCGACGAAUUCCGCCUUUGCCAAAUUUGAGGCGGAGGGGAUUAAGGCGCAAUUGAUUGGAGUGAAGAUAGUAUAUGUUCUGAUGCAACUUAUGCUAUUGGCGUUGGGCGUGUGGAAGGUCAAUGCGAUGGGUUUGUUACCGUAUGUCCGACUUUCCACACUACCAAAGCUUGAAUAG